ACUCAGGCCUUCAUGUGUGCAGAGCAGCUGGCCAGAUGUUGGACGCGGAGCUGCUGUCGCUGACCUCGGUGCUGAACACGACGUCAGAUGAACCUGCGCGCACCACAGGAGACACGAUACAGCCUCACUCCCUCUUUGAUUUAUUGAAGCUACUCUAAACACCCACUUUUGCUUUCUAAACUUUGAUCUUUUUUAUUUUCCCGUCCCUUCUCUUUCUCUCACACACAUACACACUCUCUGUUUUUUUUUUACUCCGGACAAAUCCACAACAGAUGCACAACGCUGGCUAUCAAUUUCACUCCUUUUCGUUUUCCGUCGUGAUGGCACUUGGCGCGGCUACUGUACGCCAGGCAGGAGAUGAGCUGGUGGUGGAUGAAGGCGCACAGAUCGUUUGAUUCCUCCUCCUUUUUUCUCGCUUUAGCGCUUUCAUUGUGAAAAUUAGACUCGUCUUCUGGACCGUCGCCUCCCCUGGACUCAGAUUUAUCACAACUUGUGUUUGUUGUUUUCCUCGCAGCCGCUGCAGUCGGCCAUCCUGCGCCGUAACAUGACGAUUAAGCAGUAGAAAUAAAAACAGUGAGAAACAGGCCCUACACAUAGAAACUGGAUAUGGCAUCCGUGAGGACGAAAGCCACGGAAUUUGCGGGGAAGACCCUGGGUCAUAUGUACAGGGUGAUAGAGAGGAAACAGAAAACCGGGGAGGUGAUCGAGCUGACGGAGGAUGGGCGGCCCCGGGAGGCCGCGGAGAAGAAACCCCCGCUGUGCGACUGCAAGUGCUUCGGUCUGCCCCGCCGCUACAUCAUCGCCAUCAUGAGCGGCCUGGGCUUCUGCAUCUCCUUCGGUAUCCGGUGUAACCUGGGCGUGGCCAUAGUGGGCAUGGUCAACAACAGCACCAUCCACCAGAACGGCAAGAUCAUCAUCAAAGAGAAAGCCAAGUUCAACUGGGAUCCAGAGACAGUGGGAAUGAUCCACGGAUCUUUUUUCUGGGGCUACAUCGUUACACAAAUCCCGGGAGGAUACAUAUCCUCCAGGCUGGCAGCGAACAGGGUAUUUGGUGCAGCCAUUGUGCUAACCUCGACUCUCAACAUGUUCAUUCCCUCGGCUGCCCGAGUCCACUAUGGGUGUGUCAUCUUUGUCAGGAUAUUACAAGGGUUGGUGGAGGGAGUGACCUACCCGGCCUGUCAUGGCAUCUGGAGUAAGUGGGCUCCUCCGCUGGAAAGGAGUCGUCUGGCCACCCUGUCAUUCUGUGGCUCUUAUGCUGGUGCUGUGAUAGCGAUGCCUCUGGCUGGGAUCCUGGUUCAGUAUUCAGGCUGGUCCUCGGUGUUCUAUGUCUAUGGAUGCUUCGGCAUUUUCUGGUAUAUGUUCUGGAUCCUUGUGUCUUAUGAGAGCCCUGCUGUACAUCCGACCAUCACUGAUGAGGAACGCUGCUACAUUGAGGAGAGCAUUGGAGAGAGCGCCAAGCUGGCCGGUCCUGCUGAGAAAUUCAAGACCCCCUGGAGGAAGUUCUUCACCUCUAUGCCUGUCUAUGCAAUCAUCGUGGCCAACUUCUGCAGGAGCUGGACAUUUUACCUGCUGCUGAUUAGCCAGCCUGCAUACUUUGAGGAAGUCUUUGGCUUUGAGAUAAGCAAGGUUGGCAUACUGUCUGCCCUGCCACAUUUGGUGAUGACUAUCAUCGUGCCCAUCGGCGGCCAGCUGGCCGACUACCUACGCAGCAAGAACAUCCUGUCGACUACCACUGUCAGGAAAAUCAUGAACUGUGGAGGAUUUGGCAUGGAGGCCACAUUGCUGCUGGUGGUAGGAUAUUCCCACAGCAAAGGGGUGGCCAUCUCCUUCCUGGUGCUGGCAGUGGGCUUCAGUGGAUUUGCUAUAUCAGGUUAG